AUGUCAGAACAAAAAGCAACAUUCCAUGAAUCUCCCCAAGUCAAAAUCUAUUUCCAGAAUCAAUUCCCAGUUUGUCAGUGGAUACGUAGACAUUACAAAAAAAUACCAGACAGUGUUUACGCGAAAUGUAAUCAUUGUCCGAGAUUCGUAACAAGUCGAUUCCCAACCUUCUUACGUGAUCACUUGAUAUGGAAUCAUUCGGACAAAUUGACAGAAGAAGAAAAGAAAGAUGAACGUACUUGUUGGACAUUGGAUCAUUUUACCGAAAUAGAAGACACACAGUUCGUGAAAUGUAACAUAUGUAGCAUAAUAAUGAUGUACGAUAAAAAGAAAUUAGAAGCACACUUAGGAAAAAAACACGGGAUUUCAGUUCCAUGUUCAGAUGUUAUAGAUUAUGUGAGUAGCGAUGCAAACACGGAUACAAUUGUAAAAGAAGAUAAAAUACACUCAGCAACUUCAUCUAAAAUUUGUGAAAACACGGAACAGAUAGAUGUCCUUGAUAAAUCCGCGCCUAGCACUGAAUCAACAGACGAUGUUUCGGAUCUUCCUCCCCAUAAAGAUGUGACAAAACAUUAAUCAUUUUCUAGCCAAUCAACAUCUGCAGCAUUCGACAUUUCUUCUUUUCCGAAU